GGUGCAGCUCUGCGGGCGGGGGGGCGGGUGACGUCCCGCCCCGGCCUGCGGCGCUGGGCCCCUCUGGUGGGCACGCGCGUCUGCUGCCGCCGGGAGCUGCGGCUAGAAGGAGCCAUCCAAGAUCUCUGCAAUUUUUAAGCAACACUUUUCCCAAGCCACUGGUCAAAUGCUUCCAAUGCUGGCAACUUACAUGGAGACCUUCAGCAGUGCACCCAGGAACCCUGAAGCACCUGGCCAACCCUCCUCCCCCACCCCAAAUCAGCCUGGGAUGCCCCAAAGCCUGAUGGCCAAGCUGGUCGCUGUCCCUUGUGCUCUGGCAUGUACAUCUAUUAGUGUAUAUGCUGCAACAGAAGAAGGAUCAAAAACCCACCCAAUAAAGCCAAAUCAGCUUCCCAUUUAUUGUGCACCGCCUCUGAAAUCUAAAUACAUUGAAGAACAACCUGGUCGUUUGCAGAUGGGCUUUUCUACAUUAAGAAAGGCAGCUAGUCGCUAUGUUAAAUGGACCAUGGAUGCCUAUGUCUUCGUUAAAAAUGGCAUAAUGGACUCAGUCCAAUUUGGCAAAGAUACAUAUGUUUAUCUGAAGAAUCCACCUCCAGAAUUUCUUCCAAAAGUUGGUGUAAUUACAAUUUCAGGCCUAUCCGGUAUAGUCCUCGCAAGAAAAGGUAUGGGGGUUUUUUUUCCUUGUUUCAGAUAUCAUCUGGUUGAUUGUAUACCACAUCUUUAAUUUCACAGUAUCUGAGAUGCUUUGACAUAACUACUGGAAAAAGCUUUUGUGCUCUUGUGAAAGCGGUGGUAGUGGCUGAAGGCCACG